GUGACUAUAUGGUCAGAACUUUGUUAAGCCUUUCUUUGAAGAAGCCUCUGUAUAGUGUAGCAGGACAUUGACAGUGGAAAGUUAAGCAAACAUGAAGCUUGAUGUGGUGUGCACUCCUGUAUUCCUACCACCUAGGAGGUGCAGACAGGAGUAUCAGGAGUUCAAGGUCACUGUUUUGAGGCCAACCUGGAUGAAACUCUAGUUUAAGAAAACAAGUAAACUGGGGAGCUGUCAUGGCAGGUUUGCUGAAGAAGACUGCUGGCCUGGUGGGAUUGGCUGUGUGCAACACUCCACACAAGAGGCUAACAAUAGUGUAUACGGAGAUUCCUGAUAUUCUGAAGCACUUCCCUAAACAUGCUGCCUAUAGGAAGUCCACAGAACAGAUCACCAGUGAGAAGCUGUACAUGGUCAAAGCAGAGCCAGUUGUUAAAAAAGUGGAAGAAUCACUUCGGGGUGGUGAAGUGGAAGGGGUGAUUCUUCAGGCUGAAAACGAACUAAAUCUGGCAAGAAAAAUGCUGCAGUGGCAGCCACGGGAGCCACUGGUGGAAGAGCCUCCUGCUGACCAAUGGAAGUGGCCAAUAUGAUCAGUGUCUGAUGGUUGAUACGAAUUAAAUGUGCAGUUAAGUUUUCUAUUAUGCU